AGAAUUUUCCCGCGAGGGAAACCCGGAUCAAACCAAGGCGCCUCCUCAAUUUUCCUCUUUCUCUCUCUCUCUAAAACUUCCCCAAAUCAUUUCUGUCAAUUUCUCUCUCUUCAAGAGGGAAAACCAUAGCUAUGGAAGCAGCAAUGGGAUUGAUGAGAAGAAUUCCUCCAAAGCAUACAGAAACUGCUCUCUCUGCUCUGCUAAGUCUCUUGCCUGAACAUUCUUCAGAUCUCCUUUCUCAAGUUGAUCAGCCUCUCCAGGUCUUGUGCGAUAUGGAGUCCGGCAAAGAGUUCAUCCUCUGUGAGUAUAACAGAGAUGCUGAUUCAUAUAGGUCUCCUUGGUCAAAUAAGUAUCAUCCACCAUUAGAAGAUGCGCCUCAACCUUCUCUGGAGCUGAGGAAACUUGAGGUUGAAGCAAAUGAAGUCUUUGCUAUCUAUCGUGACCAGUACUAUGAAGGUGGCAUCUCAUCAGUUUAUAUGUGGGAAGAUGAAAAUGAAGGUUUUGUUUCUUGCUUUUUAAUAAAGAAAGAUGGCUCCAAGACUGGACAUGGUAGAAGGGGGUAUCUCGAGGAAGGAGCCUGGGAUGCCAUACAUGUUAUUGAGGUGGGACCAGAAGAGGAAGAAAUUGUCCAGUACUGCCUGACUAGUACAGUGAUGCUGACCUUGACUACAGACAAUGAGUCAUCAGGCUCAUUCAAUUUGUCUGGAUCAAUUAGAAGACAGAUGAGUAUGAAGCUCUCUGUCUCAGAGGGUCAUCUCUGUAAUAUGGGAAAGAUGAUUGAAGAGAUGGAGGGUAAGCUGAGAAACUCCUUGGAUCAGGUAUAUUUUGGGAAGACAAAUGAAAUGGUUUGUACUCUGAGGCCACCCGCUGAACUGGUGCAGAUGAAAUUGCCCGACGCCUGAGAUUUGUUAUUUCUUGCCUUUUUUGUUGGGUGUUUGUGUAAACCUUGGUUUGCUUCCAUGUCAAAAGGUAGUGGUCGUGGUUGUGGUUGAACAGUAUUCAUUGUAUUGAUAACUUUGUUGUCUUAUAAUCUAUAACACAUUUGAGUCUUACAGAGUACCUAAAUGUCCUAGUUUUUGACCGUCUGAAAAUUCACUUUUAUUUAAGAUGUGGGUUAUCAUACAAAUUUCUUUCUUCGAGAAUCUA